AUGUCUCCUUCCCCUCCGGCGAUUCUGACCUUUAUGCGAAACAGGGAAGCAAAUAUGAAGGGUCCAAAGGCUCAAUCUGUCGCUAAGAGCGACAAGGUCCUCACCAAGGUGAAGGAUGGUGGUGUGAAGAAGGCAACUGCCGCUCUGAAGGCAAAGGAGGCUGCCAAGAAGGUCGCUGCUAAGAAGGUCAAGGAGGUCAAGAAGAAGGCUCCAACUCCAUCGGACAGCUCUAACUCUGAUAGCUCUGAGGAGAGCGAGGAGAGCGAAGAGGAGGCCGCCCCUGUCAAGAACGGUGCUGCCACCUCCGACUCUUCCGACGAGUCUUCCGAGUCCGAGGAUGAGAAGCCAGUUAAGAAUGGCGCCAAGGCUACCAAUGGCAAGAAGGCCGAGAGUGAGAGCGAGAGUGAGGAAGAGGACAGUGACGACUCUGACGACUCUGAGGAAGAGGUGAAGGUCGCUGCUAAGGAGGUCAAGGACACCAAGGCUAAGGAAGCUGAUUCCGACGACUCUGACGAUUCUGAGGAGUCUGACUCUGAGGAAGCUGCUAAGGAGGACGACUCUGAUGAUUCUGACGAUUCCAGCGAGGAGGAAGAGGAAGAGGAAGAAGAAGCUGAGAAGCCACAGAAGAAACGCAAGGCCGAGGAGGACGCCGAACCUGCUGCUAAGAAGGCCAAGGUUGAUGUCCCAGAGGGUGCUUCCGCCAACCUCUUCGCUGGUAACUUGUCCUGGAACGUCGAUGAGGAGUGGCUCCGCUCCGAGUUCGAGGAGUUCGGUGAGCUCAGCGGUGUCCGCAUCGUCACUGACCGUGAAUCUGGCCGAUCCAGAGGAUUCGGCUAUGUUGAAUUCGUCAACGUCGAGGAUGCCGUCAAGGCCCACGCUGCUAAGAAGGACGUCGACCUCGAUGGCCGCAAGCUGAACCUCGACUUCGCCAACGCCCGCGCCAACAACGCCGGCGGUGCCAACCCACGCGAGCGCGCUGACAGCCGUGCCAAAUCUUUCGGUGACCAGACCAGCCCCGAGAGCGACACUCUCUUCAUCGGAAACAUCUCCUUCUCCGCCGACGAGAACAUGGUCCAGGAGCUCUUCUCCAAGCACGGAUCCAUCCAGGGCAUCCGUCUCCCAACUGACCCCGACUCCGGUCGUCCAAAGGGCUUCGGUUACGUCCAGUUCUCUUCCGUCGACGAGGCUCGCGCUGCCAUGGAGGCCGAGCACGGUGCUGACCUUGGUGGCCGUGCCAUCCGUCUUGACUUCAGCACUCCCAGACAGCCCGGAUCUGGAGGUGACCGCGGCGGUCGUGGCGGUGGCCGUGGUGGCUUUGGCGGUCGCGGUGGUGGUCGCGGCGGUGGUCGUGGUGGCUUCGGCGACCGCGGUGGCCGUGGAGGUGGCCGUGGCGGUGGUCGUGGAGGCUCUUCCUUCGCCGGCAAGAAGACCACUUUCUAA